AUGGCUUCACUUGAAGAAAUCGGUCGGGAGAACCAUACUAUAAGCGGCUGCAAUGAGAUAGAAGAUGAUCCAGAACGUGAUGAAUUCAUGGAAUCAUAUUGUGAGGUUCUUUAUAGAUGCAAAGAGGAACUCGCUAAGCCGUUCGAUGAAGCUUUCUUGCUUCACUUUGAGAGCAUGGGUUUUGACAAACAAACGUGGUCGAACUCAACCACUCAUCGUGCUCAUGAAAGCAACUCCUUUGGGUCGUCUUCUUUGGUUUCUCACAUGGCUUCACUUCUUGAAGAAAUCGGUCGGGAGAACCAUACUAUAAGCGGCUGCAAUGAGAUAGAAGCUGAUCCAGAACGUGAUGAAUUCAUGGAAUCAUAUUGUGAGGUUCUUUAUAGAUGCAAAGAGGAACUCGCUAAGCCGUUCGAUGAAGCUUUCUUGCUUCACUUUGAGAGCAUGGUAAAGCUUAAAAAAAAUUGA